AUGCAACGUGAAGAUGGUGAGUCUACCUGCAGUCAUGCCGCACUCGCGGAGCCGAUAACAACCCAUCGCCUCCUCCAGGUCUUCGUCAAUGACAAGAAAUAUGCCUGCGAAUCUUGCAUAAAAGGACAUCGAUCGUCCUCAUGCAGUCACACCGACAGACCCCUCUUCGAAGUGAAGAAGAAAGGCAGACCAGUUUCUCAAUGUAACAAGUGUAGAGAGCUGCGCAAGACCAAGCGCAUGCAUUCCAAAUGCGAAUGCUCUGCCGAGAGGGCGGACAAGAGCAACAUGAAGCAGCUAGCUGGCAAAUCUAAACGAUACAUACCCAUUCUACCCGCAUUACCCAAUGGCCUCAAGGACACAUACUCUACGAACGACGACUCUAUAAUUCCUGAUCCGAAAUCCAGAUUCGAUAACCUGCUUAACCCUUGCUACUGCCAAGAUAUAUACAGCUGCAAGUGCCGCGACAACGGCGCAGCUUGCUGUUCCGGCCUGGAUGCCUUGGCCAAUGCUGCGGCACUAUGUUGCAGCCCCGAAAACAACAUCCUCCUAGGGCCGUCGUUGCAACUGCCAACACCACAGGCGAGCAGCUGCCGUAGUAUGACGCCUACUGCGUCUAUUCCGUCUAAACGCCCUUGCAGUCGCUCGCCAUCAUCACGUCAUGAAGACGACAGACCGCAGCGAGGCCCGUCACUUCCACCAAUCCAGCUGCCCGAACUUCUCAACGCACCACCCGUAUUCCCGAUCCCGCCGCUCAGCACCGUCGCCUCUAUCGCGGGCACCGGCUGUACCUGCGGCUUCGACUGCACUUGUCCGGGAUGCGAGGAACACCGCGGCACGGAACACGCCUCGAAGGCGGCGGACGACUGUCCCGAAUGCGGCCACUGCGUUGAUAACCAGACCGGCCCCGAGCUGCCGACGUCCUCGGGCUACGUCUCGUCGCUGUCCUCCGCACCCUCCUCCCCGUCCACAUCGGCGUUCGCGCCAAACGGGAGCUUCAUCGACGCCUUCUUCGCACGCGUCGCGGCGACCAUACCCCCGCCGCCGUCCCAGCGCGCGGCCUUCUCCGCGUUCUCGUUCGACCCGCAAAACGUGACGGUCUACCCGCCGAGCCUGUUCGCUGGCGAGCGCGAGCGGCUAGACAAGCAGGGCCCUGCGUUCGGGCUCGUCCGCCUCCCGAGGCUCGAGUGCUGCGCAGAAGGCUGCGAGUGCGGACAGGAUUGCCACGGCUGCUGCUCUGUGCACCAGGGCCGAGAACGUGAUGGGCGUGAGGGAUGCGUCGAGCAGGAUGCGGGCAUGAGCCCUGUGGAGCCCUCAGCUAUCGGUGGCUGUUGUUCCGUCUCGUCAUAG